GCGUGGGUGACAAAGGGAGUCUCUGUGUGUCUGCCGUUUCCACCCUGAGUAGCAGUCUGGACCCUACUGGACAUCCAUUGACCUCUAACCCCAAUCCCACUACCUCAGCCAAUAGAAGGGCUCCCCCUGUUGGCCUGAACUCCACAGCAGCACCACACUCUCAGGACACUCCUAACCUGGGAGAACUACAGUACCCGAGGUCACCUGACCAAGAAGUACAUCAUCAUCAGCACCAGGAAACAUCUAACCUGGAUGUAGAACUGUCGAGGGGUCAAAGUGCGACAGAGGAGGGGUCUAAACUGGAUGUUACCACUCAAAGACAGGACGUGAGGUGUUACCGGGGAAACAGCAUCUUGUCCUCCUCAGAUGGAGGGAUAGGACAGAGGAAGAAGGGAGUAGGAGCUCCUCCUCUUCGCAGACAACAGCUCGUCCGACCUCUCUGUCAGUUGGAACCAGGAAGAGGGAGGAGCUUAGCUGAGCCAAUCACAAGACGGCGCUCCUCGACCUCUCCCUCCCUGUCUCCAGAUGCAGGUCGUAAGGUCGUGGACCCAGGUCACCACGGGGUCGACGGCAGGCAAACACAAGAGACCCUAGAGGUCAAGAGUUCAAUGGUCAACUGUAGCAGUUACUCCCACCUUCACUCCCACCCCCAUUACCAGCCCAGCUCCAGUCCUGGAGCUCCCCAGCCCAGCCAGGCCAGCCAGUCUGCCCAGAGAGAGGCUCGUUCCCUGGAUAGACGUCGGAGUAGCGCAGAACGUACCGCAAGCCUGGAGAGGAGACAUCAGCACCAGGACCAGUCUCAGCUCAGAUACCGUAGAACAAACCGCUGUGGGGCUACUGUCACCUCUCAACCAUGCUCACACACACCCCCUCGCUCCCCACUCGGAACCCCACAGGGGUCACCACGGAGACAGGAUCAACAACAACAACAGCCGAUGUCCCCUUCGAGGAUCAUUACAGGUUCAGCUCGGUAUCCCCAGGGCUAUGGUAGCAGUGGGCUUAGACCACCUCUCAAAUCUAACCUCGCUUCUACAGGGAUACCCAUACCUCCUCUACACCACCAGGCCCCUAACCCCAGCCCAAGCCCCCCCAAGCCCAAAGGAGUACGGCCCAAAAUCAUCACCUAUAUCCGGAAGGGUCCUCAACUCAAACCCCAGGCUUCAGACGGGCCUUACCAGGUCUCCUCCUUGCCCUCCAGGCUCUCUGCCUAUACACAUACACACUCCCCUGCCACAAACAUGCCUCAGAAGCACUCCUCUAGCCCCAAAACGCACACCAACACACACUCCCGCGGCAUAGCGUCCAGAAACACACCCGUCCUGAGUGCCUCCAACCUCCUCUACGACAAAUACAGACAGGAGAUGCAGAAAAACCGUCUGUUCAACUCUGGUAUGAUGGGAACAGGGAUUCGUGGCUACACACACACUGUCCCCCCGACACACACACAGUCUGGCUCUCACACACACACCCACACACACACUGGAGCCCACACUCACAGCCACACAGCCCCUCCGAAGCUGGGCAGCAAGGCUGAGAGCUUCUAUGGACCACUGGUGGACAAGUACCAACCAGCAGAGAUGAGUAGAAAUGCGGGCAGCCUUGGUCUCGAGGACCCCUCAGGCCCCAGGAUGGCAACCCAGGCGGCUCAAGCCGGCGGCACUGGCAGCCUGCUCCGCUCUGGCAUAGGGCUGCGCCCGCAACUGGGUCUGGGAGCUGUUGCACGGGCAACCCCGGGGUCUGUCGUUUUCACUGCAACCAAGAACCAGAUGAUGGUUCAGAGUCAGAGGACAGCAUUGGGAUUCAGUCAACCAGUUCAGGCCGUCAGCCCAGCGACCAAUCAGAAUGGACAGGACAACACAGGUGACCAGCAAAGACCGUCACCCACCCCAGCUCCGUCCCAGACCCCCAGGACUCUGCUCCCCAGCCAGUCAGCGCUGCGUGCUCCUGGGUUCAGCUCUGUGUGUCUCCCCUCUGGAGCCCCUGGAGCCCCUGGAGCCCCUGGAGCCCCUGGAGCCCCUGGAGCUGGACGUCUGGCUGCGUUCGGGUUUAUACGGAGCUCCAGUGUCUCAUCUGUGUCCUCUCUCCACUCUGUUGAGAGCUCCCCGUCAAACCUCUGUCGACGGCCCAGUGUGUGUGUGGACCCUCCCCUCUACAGAGUGACCAACCCACCCUGUACAGACCCCCAGAGAGGAGGGGGACCCCCAAACUAUGCCACCCGUAAUCUACAGCCCCCAUCUACCCCAGCUCUGCCUCGGAGAUACCUGCCUGCUCAGCCCAGAGGGUCACCUGUUGGUGUGAGGAAGGAGUUCCCGAGGAGUUCUGAGAUCACAAGGUCCCUUCCUUCCUCUCCUAAGAGGCUGGCUGUGGUGCCUCCUAAACCCCAGUCACCAGUCCUCCCCAGGCAGCGUCCAGCAGCAGCCACCAGAGGGGCAGUUCCCCCCUUCAGGCCGAAGCAGGAACAGCAGGAGAACCUGCAGAGGGAGAAAGAGGAGGCGCAAUUGAAGGAGAGAGAGAGGGAGGAGCAGGACAGGGAGCGAGAGAGGGAGAAACAGAGGGAGGAGGUCCAGAGGCUUCAGAAUCGCUGUGUGGAGCAGGAGGAUCAGCUGACAUCACUGAGAGAGGAACUGAGGAAGACGACACUAGGACUACAAGCCUUCAUCAUUACUUCCCAACACUACUGUCUACAGAAUGAGAGCGCUACAGAGAAGGAGAAAGAGCUCUCCCUGGAGAUUCAGAGGAUCAAACAGGAAGUCUCUUCUAACACCACUCAAUGGGAGAGGCUGCAAAAGGAGAAGGCAGAGCUGGAGGUGGGGUUUGAGCGGGAGCUCACGGAGCUGCAGCUGCAGCAGGAGGAGGAGCUAGCGGCGGUGGAGGCGGAGCUAAGGGUCUGUCACUCAAAGGAGACGGAACACCUGAGGGCGGAGCAUCAGGAAGAGGUGGAGGAGAUCAGGACCCAGCAGCAGGAGCAGAUGGAUGAGCUGACGGUGAACCACGAGGCAGCCAUUCAAGAGCUGAGGGACAUGCACAACAUUACCAUGACAACGCUGUACGAGGAGCAUGCUCGCACCAUGAGGGACCUAAGGAAGUCUCAUGAGCAGCAGAAGGUAACUCUGGAAGAAGACUUUGAGAAGCUCAGACUCUCUCUGCAGGAUCAGGUGGACACCCUGUUGUUCCAGAAGAGUAGCCUGAGGGACAAAGCAAAACGCUUCGAAGAGGCACUGAGAAGAAGCACCGACGAACACAUAGUGGAUACCCUAGCCCCAUACCAGCACAUUGAGGAGGAUUUGAAGAGCUUGAAGGAUGUUGUGGAGAUGAAGAACAACCAGAUUCACCAACAGGAGAAGAAGAUCUCUGACCUGGAGAGAGUGGCCCAGAAGAACGUUGUGUUAGAGGAACGGAUGCAGGUGCUACAGCAGCAGAACGAAGACCUGAUGGCCCGUAUAGACAAUAACCUAGCCCUGUCCAGGCAACUCUCAGAGGAGAACGCUAACCUGCAGGAGAAUGUAGAGAAGGAGAACGGAGAGAAGAAACGACUGAGCCGUAACAAUGAGGAGCUGCUCUGGCGUCUACAGACCUCACCUCUCUGCUCCCCCUGCUCCUCUCCCAUCCACCGCUCCUUCUCUACCUCCCCCACUCUGUCUUCCUGCCUCUUUUCCUCCUCUCCCGAGAUGGGAGGAGGGACGGGGUUUGUCGCCCCCUCUCACUACUGUGGUGGAUACCCCGCACCUACACAUGGCUACUCCCCUAGUCACAGAGAGAAUCUCAAUCAGUCUCCAGGACCGGCCACGCCCACUCACAGAGGAUUCUCCAAUCAGAAUCAGUCUCCAGGACCGGCCACGCCCACUCACAGAGGAUUCUCCAAUCAGAAUCAGUCUCCAGGACCGGCGACGCCUACUCACCGAGUGUCACCCAAUCACUGUCACUCGCCUGCUCGGCUCAACCCCCUCAUGAGAUGAGCUCACGUUUCUCUCUUCCUGUCUUUCUUUUUCUUUUCAUCUCUUUACUGUUAAUCUCUCGUGGACAGACUACUGAGACAUAAAUGGUAGUGUACAUCUGUCAUGAUACAAUGGAAUGUGUGAGAUAACUAGCAGCGUUAGUUCAGGUGUUUUGGACAAAAUCACUAUUUUCGCUGGUGAUAUCGUCUUUCAAAAGUGGAGGGGACAUUUUGGCCCGUAACUUGCAUAAAGACAGGAUGGAGCUCUUUGUUCCAGUUUCGAUCCUCGUUCUAUCUCUUCUCUUAACACGUACUGUAUGGACACAGAAUUUAAUCGAACAUCUGAUCAGUCACGCAAGUUCUGGUUUCACCAAGAUUACUUUUCUGAUAUAAUGUUGCACGAGGUUUAAGUGCUAGAUAAGAUGGGUGUUCUCUCCAGCUACUACGGCUGUAAGAAAAGAGAAAAGACAGAACUCCACUAGCAUCGCUAAUAUACUCUAACAAUGCCUUUCUGCUAGCCUCUCGAUGGAUAACACCACUAGCAUCUCUGUACCUAUAGACUAAGACUAGCUGACCUAGCCUCUUGAUGGCUAACUCCACUAGCAUCUCUGUAGCCAUUGACCCAGGCUAGCUGACCUAGCCUCUCGAUGGAUAACACCACUAGCAUCUCUGUACCUAUAGACUAAGACUAGCUGACCUAGCCUGUCAAUGGCUAACUCCACUAGCAUCUCUGUACCUAUAGACUAAAACUAGCUGACCUAGCCUCUUGAUGGCUAACUCCACUAGCAUCUCUGUAGCCAUUGACCCAGGCUAGCUGACCUAGCCUCUCGAUGGAUAACACCACUAGCAUCUCUGUACCUAUAGACUAAGACUAGCUGACCUAGCCUGUCAAUGGCUAACUCCACUAGCAUCUCUGUACCUAUAGACUAAGACUAGCUGACCUAGCCUCACGAUGGAUAACUCCACUAGCAUCUCUGUACCCAUAGACUCAUACUAGCUGACCUAGCCUCUUGAUGGCUAACUCCACUAGCAUCUCUGUACCUAUAGACUAAGACUAGCUGACCUAGCCUGUUGAUGGCUACCUCCACUAGCAUCUCUGUACCCAUAGACUCAUACUAGCUGACCUAGCCUCACGAUGGCUAACUCCACUAGCAUCUCUGUACCUAUAGACUAAGACUAGCUGACCUAGCCUCACGAUGGCUAACUCCACUAGCAUCUCUGUACCUAUAGACUAAGACUAGCUGACCUAGCCUCUCGAUGGCUAACUCCACUAGCAUCUCUGUACCCAUAGACUCAUACUAGCUGACCUAGCCUCUCGAUGGCUAACUCCACUAGCAUCUCUGUACCCAUAGACUCAUACUAGCUGACCUAGCCGCUCUGCUGUACCCUGUAGACUCCAUGGAGGUACAAAAAUACUGUAUGUCUCCAUUCACCACCAGCAAACUGAAGAACACUGGAGACAUAUCUCUUUAAGGAUCUCUCUCUCUCUCUCUCUCUCUCUCUCUCUCUCUCUCUCUCUCUCUCUCUCUCUCUCUCUUCUUUGUCUCUGUCUCUCUCUGUCUCUGUAGCUGACUGGCUAGCUUGUGCUUGGCCUGCAAGUGGAACCAGCUAACUGAUGAAGAAUGGAGACCUCUCUAUCUCUUUAAGGAAGCUGACUGGCUAGCUAGCUCUGUAAUGUUAGGAUGUAGUGCAUUCAACCACGGACUACGUGGAACGACUGUAGUGUAUUGAAACAACAACCACAGGCAGUGCUGAAAUGUAGAUUGUAAUGUGCUCUGCAACAACAGAGACUCCACUUCAAUGUAUUGUAUAUAGAAACAGACAAACAGGCUGACAAUAUGAAUGGACGGACAACCACAGGCAGUGCUGAAAUGUAGAUUGUAAUGUGCUCUGCAACAACAGAGACUCCACUUCAAUGUAUUGUAUAUAGAAACAGACAGACAGGCUGACAAUAUGAAUGGACAGACAGACGGACUGAGAGUAUGUAUACCACCAGAUGGGAACAGUGGUAGUCUCUGCUUAGUUAUCCGGGUCCAAACCACCACACCACCCCCUUGCGCCAUGCAGGGACGGACUGGGACCAGAAACUGGACCGGCAUUUAUAACACAUCGAUUAAUGGCCAGUCCAUUUCCGCUACCACGGAUUUGUUCAUACCGGUGCUUACUACCAACCAAAUGGAACCAUGGAUCAAAUAACAGUCUCACGGAAUCACCUUAGACUCCGGUCCAGUUUUUUCUUUCAGCACAAACUUUUUACCAGCACGUGAUGUCCAACAGUCUUCAGAUGCCAGGAUUUUACAGAUGAUUUUAAUCCACGUUUAAAAGGAUGUUUUAUAAACUGUUUCAGUUUUACCAGCAAACAGUAAUACUUAACAGAAGCGCUUCCAAUCCAGACGGAAUCCAAAAUCCGCUCCAGUCUUCCGCUCUCUCUGCAUGGAUAUUACCUGUGGGUAGGUUACGUACCUGUAUCCCCCACACCUUUUGAUUCAGGGUGUUCAAAUAUAUCAAACAUAUUUAGGAUUGACUGAUCUACAAAUAAUAAUGGGGAGGCAGGUAGCCUAUCGGUUAGAGCGUUGGGAUUAGUAACCGAAAGGUUGCUAGUUUGAAUUCCCACAAGCCGACCGGGUGAAAAAAAUCUGUCCUACUGCCCUUGAGCAAGGCACUUAACCUUCACUGGUCUAGGGUCGCUGUCAAUAAUGGUUGAUCCCCCUUAGUCAUGACCCCACUCUCUGAGGGUGUCUCAGGUAGAGUUGGGAUAUGCAAAAAAAAACAACACACAUUUUCAAUUCACACAUAAAAUAGGAGAUAUAUACUGUAAGUAUACAGGUAUAUAUAUAUAUACCACGAAUAGAGAGCCAUUUGGGACACAGGCACCGGGAUGUAAAAAUACCGACCACAGGAAUUGUUUGUUGUUUUCUAAGUGAUAUUUGUAAACAUAUUUAUUGUCUACUUUACCAAGCAUGUCUUCCAGUCUUUACCUCUCACUGUCUGGGGCCUGGGGCCUGGGGCCUGGGGCCUGGGGCCUGGGGCCUGGGGCCUGGGGCCUGGAGCCUGGGGCCUAUAGGUUCCAUCCCAGGUUUUCAGAGAAAAUCCUUGUCAAAAGAUUCCCACAAUCACGAGAGAACAAGCAGGACAUUUUUAAUAAUCCUCCAACCAGGAUUUCUGGAAAACCUAGGAAUUUUGGGAACAUUUUUGCAACCCUACGUAGAGUAGUUGUGAUGUUUAUCAGACCAGGGUUUCAAAUACAAAAAAAAUCUCAAUAAAUUAGAUUAAUAAAUUAAUAAAUAGAUUAAAAUACUUUGAUACUUUAUCUGUGGCUGUUUGUGCUUGCCUGGCUUAAUUAACUGGUAGAAAAGUCCCAAAACGGACCCAACCUCCCCGUCCAUUCAGUCCAGGCAGACUCAAGGAAACGCUGAAGUAUUUGAAACAACUUGUCUUGUAUUUGAAACCAGGUUUGCUGCUUAUACCCUGUACUAACAGGAGAAAACGUUGUUUUUUAAAACAGAGAUGCUAGCCGGGCUGUAUUCAUUCCGCCAAACAAAACUGUUUGUCUUGUUUUGCAACUAGAACAAGAGUUUCUAUUGGACAAAAUUCUGGUAGGUUCCUCCCCGUUUCGUUCUGUUGGUCAAAACAUUUUGCAACUAAAACAUUUUGUUUGGCAGAAUGAAUACAUCCCAGAACUAAUUUCCUACUGAAUGGGACACCGAUUUGUAACAACAACAAAAAAUAUAUAUAAAUGCAACUCUGGUCUGACCAAUAGGAGAAGAGUAGAAUGUGACUCUUUGGACCAAUAGGAGACAAAAAUAUGGGAUGUCAUUUCUCCACCUGACCAAUAGAGGGAGUUUGGAGGGGCGUUGGGGUGUCAAAAUGAGAGAGUGUGUAUUUCAUUGUAAUAUAUCGAUUUGUUCAGAAGUGGUCGAAACAUUCAGAACGCUGCAGAUAAAUACAGUUUCAAGACACAAUGAUUGUGUUUUCUCCAUGACAUAGAAGAAUGUAUUUUCUGCGUGAUAUAUUUCUAUCGGAACGUUCUGUAAUGUUGCCCCAAGUAAACCACAAUAUCACCUCUGUACAUAAAACUAGAGAGAAACUGUUUAUCUUGAGAGUAGUGUACCUAGACACAACUAUACUAGAAAAGACCAGUGUAGGGAGAAGUGUAGAUUCAACUGGAGAGAAACGCUUUAAAAUGACUGGGAUCUUUUUCAGUCUCUAGCUCUAACCAGGUUUCUGUGAUUGGUCAAAACCACAGAUGUUAUUGGUACACCUUUUCUACCCAUUUCUCAGUAGUUGGUAUUCAGAUGUAGUAUGCAGGCGUAGUAUUCACUCAAUGGGGUUUUCAGUACAUUUAUUAGAGCCAUCCCUUUAAAAAAAAUACGGUGAACCUUUAAUUAGAUGUAUUUUUUUGUCCACAGACUACAUGGAGAGAACUGUUCAGAAUAUUAGGAACCAAUCAAAGAAAGCCAUCUAUAUAAUGAACAAAAUAUAUAAAAACAACAUGUUAAGUGUUGGUCUUAGUUUCAUGAAAUAAAAGAUCCCAGAAAUGUUCCACACGAAAAGCUUAUUUCUCUCAAAUUUCGUACACAAAUCAGUUUACAUCC